UUGAACGGUUAAAGCACUUCUUGCAGUUGCGUUAAGCGUUACAUUUUGUUCAUGUUUCAUUUGUUUAUUGUUGGAUUUCACUGUUCAUGAUUCAUGCAUUGUGCUAAGCGUGUGAAUAUUUUUUACCGAUAUACGAAAAAUAAAAAAUGGCAGUAGACAAAGGAGAUGCACCUGAACAUAUUAAUUUAAAGGUAUUAGGACAAGAUAAUGCUGUAGUACAGUUUAAAAUAAAGAAACACACACCUUUAAAAAAAUUAAUGAAUGCAUAUUGUGAAAGAACAGGUCUUGCUAUGGCUACUGUUAGAUUCAGAUUUGAUGGUCAAGCAAUUAGUGAAGCAGAUACACCUUCAUCAUUAGAGAUGGAAGAAGGUGAUACAAUAGAAGUAUACCAACAACAAACGGGAGGAUGCUUUUAUUUUAACUACUAUUAACUUAGUUUUUUUUUUUACAUUUUACUUUAUAUAUAUAUAUAAGUUUAAUACAUAUAUGUAUAUCAUAGUUAUAAUUUCUUAGGCGAACAUAAUGUUAUUUGUCCAAUUUUUUCUACUCUUUGGUGGUAUUUAAGAAUGUUUAACUAACAGACGCAAAGUAAAAUUUUAAUAUUAAUUAACAAAAAUACUUGGAACAAUAUUUUCUAAAACUACUGAUUAAAUUUAAAUCAAAUAAACUUUUGAUGUCAUUAAUUUUUUUAUAAAACCUUUUUUUUAGUAAUUUUGUUUAUGUUAAAUGAAUUGUUAAAUUUUAUCAAAGCUACCACUGCAAUUGUACUUAUAAUAAUAACAUAUUCCAUACGAUUUUCAAAAGCUUUUCCACAAAUUGUAUAUAUUUUACUAAAUAUUGCAGGAGCAUUUUCUAUGCAAUGAAAAUCAUAUUCUUCAUUGUAGUCUUGAAUGCAUAAGUAUUUACGUUUGAUUAAAUCCUAUCAUCAUUUAAUA